UGAAGCUGCUAAGGGAAAAAUGCUGUAUUCAAUUUCAUGGUCACAUGCAUCUAGUAGCUUGAAAUUUCAAGGAAACACAAUACCCACUUCAACCUCCUCGCAGAAGGCCAAACUACAGCAUCAUACCUGGCUUUCCCUGCCCAAAUCGUCCCAUUUAUCAGCUUGUCACGUUAGGCUGAGAUCCCGGCUCCAAUCCCAGAAGACAUGCCAGACCAACUUCCCUUUAUUGCUAUCUAGAACUAGCGUUUCUCUAGAACAGAAAUCUACUGCCCUUCAAUGUGGCAUUUCAUCGAAUAGUUACAGUACUAACGAUGGGAGGAGUUCUAGGGGCUGGAUUGAGUGGUUUGGUGAUGUGAUUUCGAAUGCAUUUCCCUUAUGGGUAUCUUUUGGUUGCCUGUUGGGGCUGGUCAGCCCUAGUUAUUUCAGUUGGGUCACGCAAAGAUGGACAAUUGUUGGCCUUAGUCUUAUCAUGCUUGGUAUGGGCAUGACUCUGACUUUUGAUGAUCUUCGUGGUGCUAUUGCCAUGCCUAAGGAGUUGAUGAUCGGUUUCGUGCUUCAAUACUCGGUGAUGUCGAUGUCAGGAUUUCUAAUCAGCAAGCUCUUAAGCCUCCCCUCUCAUUACGCAGCUGGUUUAAUUUUGGUUGGUUGCUGUCCUGGUGGCACAGCAAGUAAUAUUGUGACUUAUAUUGCAAGAGGAAAUGUAGCACUAUCGGUGUUGAUGACAGCUGCAAGCACUAUCUCAGCUGUGAUCAUGACCCCCUUUCUCACUGCCAAACUUGCUGGGCAGUAUGCUGCAGUAGAUGCAGCUGGGCUGGUAGUCUCAACACUGCAGGUGGUGCUUCUUCCUGUCCUAGUUGGUGCAUUUCUAAAUCACUAUUUUCAAGGUCUAGUUAAAUUUGUCUCUCCCUUGAUGCCACCCCUUGCUGUGGGAACUGUUGCUGUUUUAUGUGGGCAUGCAAUUGCACAGAGUGCUUCUGCAAUCCUUGUAGCUGGUAGACUAGUCAUACUGGCUUCAGCUCUUCUUCAUGCAUCUGGAUUUUUCUUUGGCUAUGUAUUUUCUCGGUUGCUUGGGCUCGACAUAGCAUCAUCAAGAACCAUCUCCAUAGAGGUUGGCAUGCAGAACUCAGCUCUUGGACUGGUUCUUGCUAAUCAGCACUUCAGUAAUCCACUGACUGCUGUGCCUUGUGCUGUUUCCAGUAUUUUACAAUCAAUCUUGGGUAGUGGUUUAGCAGGAAUAUGGAGACGUAACUCACCCGAGGAGAAGCAGGGUUGAAAUUUUGUCAGUUCCUGUUAAUACUCUACUUUCUCAUGUCCUCUCGUGUAGUUCUGAGGAUUGUGUCAUUUGCUUAUCAAGUAGCCUACUAGAAUAAAAAUUGAGUCUUGGCACUAUAGUCAUUAACUCAUAUUGUCCAUGAGAUGCAGGAUUACCCUGGUAUCAAAAAUAAAAAAGGCAGAGGUCCAAAGCAGAACUGCUGCAAGACUCAAUGGCCGACAGUUCAUGGUUAAAGGCUGAACUUCUGUCAGUGUAAACCAUUGUGUUCUUUGUUUUCCGGUAGAAGAUGAUGUGAAGGUCUCAAGUGAACAAAUUCUGUAAAUCAGAUUAUAAAAUACUUCUGGGCCUCUUUUCAAUUCUCAAUGUUUUAUGGGGGAUAAAAUAAAACAAUUCCAUCAGGCUUGUAGCUAAUAGAGAAACUAAAGUUUCUACUGUUUUAAAAUAAGUCCCUCACAUUUUA